AUGAUUGUGUUGAAUUUGCACCACCACAUUUUCACACACCCAAUUGGAAAAUGCAGUCUCUACAAUCAUUUGUUUCCAUUUUAAUAUUUGUAGUUCUUGCGUUUGAUGUUUGUGAAUCCGGUGAUUGUAACAAUCCCUUGAAGAGCAUUACUGUUGGUCAAUCAGGCAAAACAGAUUUUAAGACAAUUCAAAGUGCCAUUGAUUCUGUCCCAGCAGGAAAUUCUCAAUGGAUUCAUAUCCAAAUUUCUUCUGGUGUUUACAAAGAGCAUGUCUUAAUUCCCAAAAACAAACCAUGCAUUUAUCUUGAAGGAGCUGGUAGUCAGUCUACAAGUAUAGAAUGGGGCUCUCAUGAGAAUGCUACUUUCGAUAUAAAAGGAAGCAAUACUGUUGCAAAGGGCAUAACUUUUACGAAUACGCUAAACAGCCCCGUAUUAUCAAACGCCAUUGCCGUCACACAAGCCAAAGCUGCCAAAAUCCAUGCAGAUAAAUGUGCUUUCUAUAGUUGUUCUUUUCUUGGGGUGCAAGAUACAAUAAACGAUGACGAUGGUCGCCAUUACUACAAAAACUGUUACAUCCAAGGUUCAACCGAUUUCAUAUAUGGGAAUGGUCAAUCACUCUUUGAGGCAAGUACAAUAUAUUUUUCAAACGGAAAAUCUAGUCUGCACCAGGAUGGGGUUAUUACAGCACAAUAUAGAAAUUCACCAAAUGAUCCAAGUGGGUUUGUGUUUAAAAAUUGUAACAUAAGUGGGACAGGAUAUAAGACUGAACUUGGAAGGCCUAUGAGACCUUAUGCAAGAGUCAUCAUAGCUUAUUCUUACCUAUCAGAUGUUGUUAGACCUGAGGGUUGGAGUCAGUUCAAAUAUGUCGGCCAGGAAGAAAACCUUACUUUUGUGGAGGAGGGAUGCACAGGACCUGGAGCAGACAAAUCAAACCGCGUGAAAUGGAUGAAGAGUAUGAGUGGACCUGAACUUGAUAAAUUCUUGAGUCUCUCUUUUAUUGAUCAAGAUGGAUGGAUUUCCAAAUUGCCACCUAGCAUAUUCCAUUAAAUGCUUAAUACUUUGAAUGAAAAAAAAAUUAGAUUAAAGUAUUAGCAGGCUGAUCAGUUAAAGUUCAAUGCUAAAGAGAGUUACAUGUGGUUGCUUUUGUUGCAAGUCAUCACAACAAUGUCCAGUUACUAAGUUACUUGAAGUUAGUUAGCUAGAAAGGUAAGAAGUAAGUUAUUAUAUGCAGUUAUGUAGAUUAGAGCAAGUGUCAAUAAUAUGUACAUGAAUAAGAAUGUAUUAUGCUUCAUUAUCAGUUGAGUUGAAUAAAAUUCUCCAUAAUAUUUUCAGGA